AUGACAACAUUUGACUUCUCGGAUAUAGAGGCGUUUUUGGACCUCCAUCCAGAUCUUUUUGAGGAGUAUCUUGUUCGUAAGGCGAAAUGUGAUCAGGUGAGCAGAUGGUUGAAAGAGCACCCUCCGUCCAAAGUUUCCACAGCCGAGGAGAAGCGAGGCGCAGCCAGGGAUCCGCUCUGGCCGACCAACCCGGACGGGCUCCGGCGCAGAUCGUCUCACAUGGAGCUGCGACGGAACUUUGCCCGCUCCAAAGCCACCACCACACAUCGGACCUACGAUGAGCAUGUAAGCCUGAGCGAGCAUGACUCCCAGUCCAGCAUGAGGCGCCGUGCGCUCCUGCGUAAAGCCAGCUCCCUUCCUCCGACAACCGCGCACAUCCUGAGCGCGCUGCUGGAGUCCAGGGUCAACGUGCCCCAGUAUGCAUCCAGCGCCAUUGACUACAAGUACAGACUCAAAGAAACUAACGAGAGAGAGUUUUUCCUGGAGCUCGUGAAGGAUAUCUCCAAUGAUUUAGACCUGACGAACCUCAGUUACAAGAUCCUGAUCAACGUGUGCAUCCUGGUGGAUGCAGACAGGUGUUCGCUUUUCCUCGUGGAGGGACCUGCUCAUAAGAGGACCCUGGUGUCCAAGUUCUUUGAUGUGCACUCGGGUACUACUGUCAGACCAUCCUCCAGUACCCUGAACUCCAAUGAGGUGCAGGUUCCGUGGGGGAAAGGCAUCAUCGGAUAUGUGGCAGAGCAUGGGGAAACUGUAAACAUCUCAAACGCAUAUGAGGUAGAUGUGAUUGUAUUUGUUGAUAAUCAUACAAACACAUAUAUUGCUUCAAAAGUAAGUAAAGCCAUGAUUACAGAUGUAAGUUAUGGCUGAUCGGGGGAGAGGGUCACAUCCUGGGAGUCAAGGAACAGAGCACAAUCUACUUUUUAAUUAUUGUUUCUGAAAUUCAUUGUAAGGUCGUUUAUAUAGAAGAAAUCAAGGACCGACUCUUGGUAAUUAUCUUAUACAUGUCCAAAAAUACUCUUUACCAACGGUAGUCAGAGAAAAGUACUGUUAAGCACGCAUAACAACUUCCGUGACUCCUCACAAACCAGAUUUCCAUUUACACACGCUACCAGUUGCCCUCCACAUCAUUAUAUCAUGGCCCUAGGCUGCUUCGGAGGCUAAAAGGCAACAUGACGAUGCUGAUCCCUCGAGGCUUGUCACUGCAAUAGAAUAAAUGUGUGUGAGUGAGAUUUUUUCUGAUUAUAGAGAAAAAGGUAGGAGUAGUUCCCAGCCAUUCUGGGGCUUCUUCUUAUUGAAUGUGACGCGUGCGUAAAAAUGAUGCAAUGAAUGCGUUCAAACUAGUAUUUCCUGCGCACAACUCAGUGUAAAUGUGUGUGUUUAUGUGAGAUAUUAUGCAUGCCCGACAUAUGUGUUUCAAUUAUUCUGCAGGAUCACCGCUUCAGUGAUGAAAUCGACAAGUUAACGGGCUACAAGACUCAGUCAAUCCUGUGCAUGGCUAUCUGUAACAGUGAUGGAGAAGUAGUUGGUGUGGUACAAGCAAUCAACAAGAAUCCCAUGGGCACACCCUUCACUGAGGAUGAUGAGAAGGUGAGACUCGAUUAUGUCUCUCAGAUGUAGGAAACAUUCAUUAGAUACAUGCUACCUGGAUCAUUUCACAUUCUUAAUGUUUAAUUCUCUCUUCAACUUUAUCUGUAUUUUUGCACUUUAUUUGACGUUUCAGACAUAAAAUUCAAAUAAGAUUCUUGUGGAACAUUGUGUAUCCUACAUACCCCCAAACACAAUCACAAACACACAUAUUGCAGAGGCCCUCAAGCCAUAAAGAUUCAUUUUUAAUGGCUGGCUAUAGGGGCAAAGUAUUCCUUUAGCAGAGGAAUGAAGGAGAUCAACCUUUCUCACUGACAUGCAGCCUUUAAUAUGUCUGCCUAUGCAAUGAGUUUGCAUACUGAUAGGACACACUUUGGGGGAGGAAGCAUUUUCAAUUGCUUCUUUUGCAGACUUGCAAUGUGUCUGCUAUGAUCUGCAUGUUUCAGCUUUAUUUAACUUAAAAGUUGUUGAGAAAGAUAGCACAGUGUACACCCCACAAAUGUUAAAAACGAUGGCUUCUUAUUUGAGUUUGCUAUCAGGCAAUAAAAAUAAAAAGAGGUCAAUUCACUCACUCUUAAAAAAUUAUGGAAAUAACAUAAGAAAACCAAAAACUGAGAGAUGCUGGGCCGAAGUAAAUCAUCAAAGAGUUGAUUCAUCUUUGUUUUCCUGUAAGUUCACUGAGUUUCAUCUGUUCAUCCACAAGGUGGCAGAGUAGUGUUUGGGGAAAUUACUUCUAUUUAUUGCGUACAGUAUGUUCUCUGACCGUUCAAUCAAAGAAAUACCCUUCAAACAAAGUUUUGAGUUUGGAGAGGCUUCAGGUUUUUUUCAUGACAGCUCCACUGUGUAAAUUCUAAAAAAAGUUUGAGGAAAGCUUUGCCUUCAACUACUUUUAAACAACAAAGACUCUAAAAAUAGAAAGUAAAACAUCUUGAUCCGUCAGCUUACUCAGACAUUUAAGGUCCCUGAUGUCUCACUAAAUGCCUUUUUAUCUCUAAAUCAAUACUUCAUUAACGGACAAUUAAUCUGAGAGGAAUAUGUGCAGAAAAAGUAGUAAACCUCAUUAUGACUUGCUGCCCCCACAUAUAACUAUUUCUUACACCCAGUUUAAAGCCUUACAAGAGCAUACACACUUCUUGUUUCUUUAUGCAGGUCCUGCAGAUGUAUCUACCAUUCUGUGGGAUAUCUAUUUCCAAUGCCAAACUGUUUUCAGAGUCUCGCAAGGAGUAUGAGAGGAGUCGGGUAAGGAAAUGUGAACUGUGCAUGGGCCAAAACAUUUUGGUCAUUUUAUUGCCUCUGAAAAUUUAAGCUGCAGUAUAAAUUCAGUUUGUCACAAUUAUGCGCCUAAAAAACUUCAUCCUUCAAAAACAACAUGACAGUUUGUCAAUCACAACUGAAACAGGCUCUGCUGGAGGUGGUUAAUGACCUGUUUGAGGAGCAGACUGACCUGGAGAAGAUUGUGAGGAAGAUCAUGCAGCGAGCGCUGACACUCCUGCAGUGUGAACGGUGCUCCGUGCUUCUCCUUGAAGAUAUCGACUCACCAGUGAGACCUUAGGCUCUUAAAGUGUUUCUUGUAAUAAUCGGUUUCCCAAUUAAGCCAUGUAGAUUUUUGAGCACAAAUAUCCAUUAUCUGUAUUUUUUAAGGUAAAGUUGGUUGUGAUGGAUGCAUGUUUUUUUCAAAAGGUUGUCAAGUUCUCCAAGACAUUUGAGCUCAUGUCCCCCUUGUGCAACAUGGACCGAGACAUUGGGUGAGAGAGCCACUUUCAGACAGACUGAAUAAAUGUAUAUUCAAUGUGGGGGGAGAAUUAACUGCUGUGGUGUUGUGCCAGAUUCUGACCGCUCUUCCCUCAUUUUGUUAUUGGUCACAUCAGCAUGGAGAAGCUAUCGUGUUCUGAUUGGCUGAUCAAUAACAGCAUUGCUGAGCUGGUGGCUUCCACAGGACUGCCUGUUAACAUCAGCGAUGUGUGUCAGGACCCACGCUUUGACGCUGAGGUGAGGACACAGUGGUCUCCCUGUUGUACUGUACCUAUCAGAGCUCACAAAAAUGCAGGAUCACAUUCAUAUACCACAAACAUCAGUAAAUAUCAAGGUUGUCAUUUGUGAAAUAAUUAUAAUUUUCCCUUCAAUGAGAAAUAGAGGCCACAUGCAGAUUUUUACAAUGUAAGAUAUAUGAACAAAGAUGCAUUAUUGUGACCAUCUCUUCUCUUGGCAGGCAGAUCAAGCCUCUGGCUUUCACAUCCGAUCAGUGUUAUGUGUCCCGAUCUGGAAUCGAACUCAUCAGAUUAUAGGUAAAUCUACUUUUCACUAUCAAUCUGUCCAUACUGAGAAAACAGCAGUGAAAUAACUGUGAGUAACAUUUGCAUGGUUUUUUAUUUAUUUUUUGUUUCUUUGUUUUUUUAGGUGUUGCACAAAUCCUGAAUCGCUUAGACCGGAAGACCUUCAGUGAUGCAGAUCAGCGACUGUUUGAGGUAGGCUUCUUUCACCUGUGACUGCAAUGAGCCAACAAAAGUUUUAUAGUAUUUUUGCCCUGUUAUAUAUAUUUAAGUCAAACUGGAUUGAUUUGAUUUAAUUUUUUAUUUAUUUUUUUUUUGUUGUUGUUGUUCACAGGCAUUUGUGAUAUUCUGUGGUCUGGGAAUUAACAACACCAUGAUGUACAAUCAAGUAAAGAAGACCUGGGCCAAGCAGUCUGUAGCUCUGGAUGUAAGCACAGCAAUUUAAUUUAUAUUUACCCUCUAAUUUUUAAACAUGAGAUAUUUGAAGCUCCUGCACAUUUAAAGCUUGUGUUUGGAAUUAGAGGUUUUUGUUGACUUUGGCGCCCCCUGUGGACAAAGCAGAUCUACUUAUCUCUAGCCAUUAAAAGUCUUUGUAAUAGCAAAUGUAACAAAAGAUUGUCAGCAGUGUGUCUAUUUCUGAAAUCCAAUCACAGUGCCCUCACAGCAGCUUUAAAUUGAUUGACUUAGAUGCAUGACUUUUUUAGUCUUGCCUUUUUUUGCAUCAUUAAGACAGCUCAUGAGCCUACCAUGAGUGUGUCAUACUCAAGUACAUCCAUUACCAGAGUUCAUUACAAAAGGGUCCAAAUUAGCUUUAAAAAUUAAAAGUCACGUAAGGAGUUUUUACCUGGUUUUUACCAAGAAACAGACUGAUAUCAGUAAGUGAUUAUUGAUUCCUGAACCCCCUGUUGGGUGUCAAAAGAGGAAAUCACUUGUCUUAGUAACACAUACAGAAAAAUGUAAAUAUCAGGGAAUAGCUUAGAGGUACUACUUUGUCCACAGGGGGGAACCAAAAUCAAUGCAAACCAAAAGUUGCUUAUGAGAGCUUGAGGAAAUCAGAGACUAUUUAAGACCUUAACACAGGUAGUUAAGACUCAUCUAUUUAGUUCUCAUUCUCAACUCAACUUGUUAAGCACUUUAAAACAACCACAGCUGAACAUAAAUAGACAAAACAACUAGACAUAAAAAACAAUCAAAAAAUAAUUAAAACAAUGGAUAAAAUAAAAGCAGAAUUAAAAAGUAAAAUAUAGUUUCAAUGUUUUUAAAAACUAAUUCAUUCAGAAGUAACUGAAGAGUAAAGUGGCAUCAAUGGUUAAUCAGGUCUUAAUUGAAACUCUUCAUGUUCAUAGGUGUCUGUAUAUGUGCUCUGCCUGACUGCAGUGCCCAUUAUCUGACCUGAGCCAUCACAUUAUCCUUAUAAAACACUGCUCUUCUUCCCAAACAUUUAUAUUUCAGCUGCUUUCAAUAAUGCACAGUAAAUAGCCAGUCUAUUGUCCCUUAAUCAAAAGCAGCACACACUUUUAUUUCCAUCACUAUCUCUUUGGUGUUUGUCUUUAAUACCUGAUAGACACCCAAAAUACACUGAAUAGUCAGUUUCUAAAAGAGGAGGCAUGAUUUCUUUGAUCUUGAUUGCAUAACUAAGAUGAGAAGAUAAAUUGCACAAAAACUCUGUCAACAUACUGAUUAUCCUCUGCAGCACCGGAAGGUAGUUUCCCCCGACUAGUGGUCUUACUUUCUCAAGAGUUUUCUUCCCUGUAGAAUUUCAUUGGCGUGAAAGUAAGUUUCUUUGUCCAACUUUAAUUUUUUUCAGAUGUUGUCCUACCAUGCUACCUGCUCCAAGGUGGAAGUUGACAGACUCAAGGUAUUCCUUUAGAAAACAAAAUGCAUAUAUGCAGGCAAUCGCCAACUUUAUUCAGCUGUUGUUAACUGAAGUGUCUGAGAGAGAUAUCUGCAGUCUGAAACAGUAUCUCUUACUCUGCCUUCUUCCCUGAUGACACUGUUUGAUUAACCAAUCUGUUCUCUUCUCCUAAGGCUGCAAAGAUCCCCUUGAGCAGUGAGUUGGGAAUAGACGAGUUUCACUUCAAUGACUUCUCUUUGGACAAUGAUGCCAUGAUCACUGCAUCACUGCGGAUGUUUCUUGAACUUGGAGUUGUCCAGAAGUUUAAAAUUGACUAUGAGGUGAGGCCAACCUGUAAUACCUUUUUAAGCCAAAUGGCCCACAGUAUUACAACAUGUGUUCCUAUUUUCUGGCAGGUUUUGUGCCGCUGGCUUUUGACUGUGAGGAAGAACUACCGGACAGUGGCCUAUCAUAACUGGAGGCAUGCCUUCAAUGUUUCACAGUGCAUGUUUGUGAUGAUUACAGUAAGUUUCAAACUAUAACAAGUCAAGCCAUACCUAUGUGCAUAAUCUGAAACAGGUGUCUUUUACCAUAACAUCAGUCAGUGCCAUUUAUGUUUCGACUCACAAUGUGUAACUCUUUGAAAAAAUAUAUCACAACAUUCUAAUCGAGAUCUACAAUCAGGGUAAAAAUAUUUUUGAUGUUUUGUAUAAGCCAGUCAGAUCAGUUAGUCACUUUCACUGUGUCAGGUAGUCAGUCACCAAAAGAACAAUAGGUGGAAAGUUCACAGGAAAAAUAUUAAAAGAAUAUUAAGUCUCAUUAAAUUUUCCUUUAGGGAUCAGCAAAGUUCUUCUUAUCUGAUCUUAUUUUAGCUUAUUACAGGAGACAUCUUAAAGUGAAGAAUCAAAGAGAAUUGUGGACUCACAGUUUAGCCGGAUAAUAUAUGAUCAGAUCCCCUUCGAAAUAAAAAAACAUCCUUCCCAUGUUAUAUCAUCCUCUCGUCUCCAGUACUAUUGUAACCUGUUCCAUUCUACUCAUUCUAUCUACUCCAGUCCUGUCUUGUCCAAUCCUAUCUGAUCCAAACCCAUGUUACCCUGUGCCACCCUAUCCACACUAUCUUUUUCAUCCAAUCCCAUCACCUCAUAUUCACCCAUGUCCUAUUCCAUCCAAUUCAACCUCCCCACCACCCCUCUGUUCCAUCCCAACCAAACCCACCUCAUCCUAUCCUGUCUUAUCUAUCAUAUCUUAUAUCAACCCAUACUUCACCAUUACAAAUCUACUAAUCCUAUCCAAAUUGAUCCAGUGGGAAAAUACUUAGUCUUAUCUUACCCUAUUUUAUCCUUCUUUGUAUUCCUUCUUGCAUUAUAAAAUUCUAUCUCAAACACUAACCCAACCCAUGUUACUCCAUCCACUCCUGUUCCACUCCACUCCAUCUUAUCCCAUCCUACUCUGUGCUAUGCCAAUUUAUGCAUUUUCAUCCCAUACCAUACUGUGCCAACCCUACCCAUCCAUUCCCAUCCCAUCCCAUUCAAUGCCGUUUAUCCUAUCUUAUCCCAGCCAAUGUAAUUUGAUCCAGUCACAUCCCAUUAUGUCCUUAGCCUGGCUGGGCCAUCCAGUUGCGCGAAUCACUUGCCGGGAAGGAACGGCAAGCGAUUCACGCAACUGGAUGGCCCAGCCAGGCUAUUAUGUCCUGUCCUAUCAUACAUACAGUCUCAGCCUGUACCAUUACAGCCCCAUUCAUUUUCAACAACCUCCCUAUCCUAUGCUAUCCUGUCCUAUCCUGCUCUGUCUCAUCCUGUGCUAUCAUAUCCCUUACCAUAUACCAUAUACCAUACCAUAUGACACCACAUUUUUUCCAUACCAUCCUAUUUCCUUUAUACGCAAUAUUAUUUAUCCUGUCCUAAAAAGGGGCAGCAUGUCAAUAGGUAUAAGACUCAUUAAUGGAGAGUAAACAUUGUAAUUGACUUCUCCUAAGUUGAUGUGUAGGUUUGUGACAACUGCGUUGCUUCUGUCAGACAGCCAGUUUCCAAGAUGCCUUGUCGGAGGCUGAGAUACUUGCACUGAUGGUAGGCUGUCUUUGUCAUGACUUGGACCACCGAGGCACCAACAAUGCAUUUCAAGCCAAGUAAGUGACCUGGAUCUGUAUUUUUAGUGCAGGUGUUUCAUGUGCAAAACUGUCUGAAUGCUCUGUGUUUUCUUUCAGGACAGGUUCUGCUCUGGCUCUUCUUUAUGGGACGUCAGCCACCUUGGAGCAUCAUCACUUCAACCACGCAGUCAUGAUCCUACAAAGUGAGGUCAGACCAAAACUUCUCAUGAAUGUAAAGAACAAGCCAUUCUAAGGUUUAUGAAAUAUUGUAAUUUGACUAAGUUUCACUCUCAGUGCAUACAAUGGUUUACCAUCCUUGACAAAAGAUCUUCCAGCUCUUGCAGAAGUUUUAAGGGUCAACCUUAACUCUGAUGGUUUGAUGUGCUUUUAACGGUUAUAAAGAGACAUCAGUAUUAAUCUAAGCUUGUUCUCUCUAUAGAAGGACUUUAACCUGAGUUGAUUUAUACAUACUGUUUUUACUUUUUAUGAAAUUUGAAUGGUUCUAUGAAAAACCAUACACACCUCAUGUGCAUGGUGUCGGUAGAUCUGUAAAUAAAUGGGUGAUACCACAAGUGUCCAAUGCAAGAUAUUUCAUUUCUUUAUAGGUAAACCUACAUGUAGCUAUCGAGGUGGGGCUAUUUUUGUCUGUUGAUUUAUAAAUCUGACUGAGUUUCAAACUAAAGGGAUAAUCUGAAUCUAUAUAAAAUGCAACCACAUAUUGGCAACAACAAUAUGCAACAUUCUGAAAUUCACAACCCUAACCCUGACCAUAAACAAGUUCUUGAAACUCACUUGACAAUCAACUUAGGUAACUAAAUAAAAAAUAAUAGCCUCUUGACCUGUUAGCCACCUAAUAAACUAAGUGAAAGUAAAGUUUUUUUGUUUGUUUGUUUGUUUUUCUGUUUUGUUUUUUUUUUUUAACAGAGGGAAGGAGUUUUGCAAGCAUGUUGGAUAUUGCAGAGAUUUACAUAAGAAUAUUUGGAUUUCCGGUUGACUUGUCCCCAUAUAUAAAUAAAUGGAAAUGAGGCAUUAUGGGCUAAUGUAAAACACACAGUCCUCCAAAACAAUAUGUAUAAUCUUUAUUUAAAGAAAUUUAAGCAUUAUAUAUGAAAACAAUUGAAGCCUGUGUUUUCAAGCUCUGGUCGACAAGAAACAACUAUUAUGUAGUUUUCACUUAAGGACAAGCUAAGCACAAACUGGUGGUGAGUCAGUUGCAGCAGUGACCAAUAGUGACUUUGGGAGGCUGCUUUUUCUCAGGUGUAGAUCAUUUUGAUCAUUAGAGACUGUUUUCUGUAUUGAUUUCUUUUAACAGAGGACAGAGAAAGUCUAUAUACAUCGCUAAUUAACAGUGAUGGUGGGAGCUUCAUUUGACAGUGAGCGAUGGCUUUACCAAUGCGUUGGCUGUAAAAAGACAUUUUAGCCACUGUUAUUCAUCCUUGCCUGCUUUGCUGUGUGUGCCCACUAAAUGCUAUUUCUUUCUAACAGGGUCACAAUAUUUUUGCAAACCUUUGCUCUAAGGAGUACAGCAACAUGAUGCAACUAUUGAAACAGGCUAUCCUCUCCACAGACCUUACUUUGCACUUUGAGUAAGUUGCCUUUUAAAGCUGAUUGAUCAUUGUCCAUGGCAAGUGAAACAGAUUAUAACACACAAUACCAUAAAUUCUUCUGUGAAAUCGGAAGAUUAACCAUUUAGGUCUCUUUAUUAAGAUGAAAUGUCAAGGUGAUGAAAACUGCAGUGGCAUGUAUUCCUUAGCCUUUUAACAUUUGCUGUGUCCUUGCUUGUCUCUUUGCACUGAAAGGCGCAGAACCAAGUUCUUUGAGUGUGUUCUCUCUGGAGAAUUCAGCUGGACAGAUGAAGGACACAGAGAAGUUCUCAGGUUUUUACUUUUCUGCUUAACAAAAACUUUUUUGUGCCCACAUAUCUCCAACUUUGAUAUGCAAAAGAAGUUGCAAGAGUUGAACUUGGAUUGAUGUCAUUUACAGGUCCAUGCUGAUGACAGCAUGUGAUCUUGGUGCCGUCACUCGGCCUUGGGAGAUUUCCAAACAGGUUUGUAUCAUGUUUCUUACACAUAUUCAAGACAUAAAAAAUAUAUGUGGAAAGUGUUGAAAAAAAAUGGACUCUUCUGGCAUUUUUACCCAUUUAAUGACAUAUAGUUUCUGGGCACAAAGAGACUCACGCUAUCUCAGAAAUGAAUUUUUAUUCUUAAUCACCAAUAGUAGAUUUGGAUUGAUUGACCCCUAGAAAGUUUGCGUAACCUCAAGUUGUCAGUCUACGUUCAAUUAAACUGCUUAAAAUGUUAAAUCAUGUCUGAGAAAAAUAAUGGAAUAAUGAUUGUUGAUAUAUAUGUCAAAAGGUUGCAGAGCUGGUGACGAGUGAGUUCUUUGAACAAGGUGACAGAGAAAGAUCCGAGCUCAAGUUGACCCCAGCUGUAUGUUUGCAAUUUUCAUCACAACUUAUCAUACACUCUCACCACAUCAUUAUUGUGAAAUUCUGUUUACUUGAUGAUUAUGAAGAAUUAUCUCAGUCAUGUAUGACAGAUGAUUAUCACCUCUCUGUAGGCCAUAUUUGACCGCAAUCGCAAAGACGAACUUCCUGCUUUACAGAUGGAGUGGAUAGAUGGGAUAUGCAAACCCCUUUAUCAGGUUAGACAUUAAAUUAAAUUAAACCUUCUCUCAUUGUGACUAAAACCAAAAAAAAAAUAAUGAAUGUCAACUGUAUUCUUUUGGGUGGUUCCCAGGUACUGUUGAAGCUUAACAGGAAGUUGCAGCCAAUGGUGGAUGGGAUUGAUGCCAACAGAAAAAAUUGGCAGGCUCUGUGCUCAUCAUAUCAGGAAACACGCAGAGCCUCGGUGUCCGCUCUGUGCCCUGAAUCAGAUCAGACUCCUGAGCCCCACACAGACCAAGAACCUAAUGAACUACAUGACUUUACAGGUACUUUGGCGCCAAUUGAAAACACCAAGUUUGGGUCUAAGUGCAGUCAGGAUCAGAGGUACAGAGUAAACAAAACUUCCUGUGAUGAUGCAGAAGCACCAUCUCUCAGUUUAUCGUCUGCUGGACAGAAAUGAAGUAAGCUCAGUGUUGAGUUGUUGACUCAAUGUGUAGCUGACACGGGAUUCUUCUCAUCCCUGUGGUUGUCAGACAAAUGCACUACACCAAUGCAGUUUUCUCUGCUGGGCACAUUGCUUCUUGCAAGUGUCACUGUGUUAAACUCAGGAUGGUGAAGAAUUCCUGUACAACAAGCUAUAUUCAAAGGGCAGUUCCAAGUAUCUGUCUAUCGAGCUAGCUAUCUAAAGAAUGAGACAUGACUGAUGACACCAAAGAGGGCAAAUUAUUUCUGUAAUAUUUAGUUUGGAACUGCCUCUGAACCACAAUAUAAGUCUUUACAACACUUAAAAGAGUCACUGUGAUUUCUCCCUGUCACAAUAAUUGCCAUAAUGAAUGUAAACCGGAGCAUGGUCUCGUUCCUGAAUGUUUCUCUACAUCUUUACAUGCAGGCUGUAUUACCUCAGUUGCAAACCUAUGGUUGCAUGACAUUAUUUUUUAAUGUUCGUAAGUUAAGUCAGCCUCAGGCCAUGUAUUGCAUGCAUGUGUAUCAUAUCAGUAAUACACAUCUUUAUUGCCACAUCUAUAGAAAAGCCUGUGUUUCUGAGUAAGAAACAAGGUGGAGAAGUGUAAAAGGCCAAAUGCUAGAGUAUUGAUUUUUUGAGGAAGGUCAAUGAUUCAAUUUCACUCCUCAGGCCUUAUGUGUGUGUGUGUGUGUGUGUGUGUGUGUGUGUGUGUGUGUGUGUGUGUGUGUGUGUGUGUGUGUGUGUGUGUGUGUGUGUGUGUAUGUCUUUGUAUACUUGUGAGAACCAUUGUCAGACAACGUUCUUGUGUGUGGGGACAUUCUGUUAAGUUCUCAUGGGUAAAGUCUUGUGGGUGAACUUCUUUGCCCUCAGUGUUUUAUGAUAUUUCAUCCCUCUUCUUCUUUCUUAUUGUAGAUUUAUUUCUUGAGCCAUUCAAGCUUCACUGGAAAUGAUAGUCCCCACAAAGAAUUUACGAAAUAUUGUCUUAACGACGUAUAAAAGACAUGCAAGUGUGUGUGUGUGUGUGUGUGUGUGUGUUUGUGUUGUUGUUGUGUAAAUCCCAAAUCACAAUGACUUUGGGGUCGAAAAAGUGACUUAAAAGUUGUUUUUUUGUUGUUGUUUUUUUCUUGUUGCCCAUUUUUGAAUAAUUUAUACAAAUGAACAUUGUUCCUUAUUUUACCAAGACUGAAAUAGGCUAUGUUCAGACAAACAGACUGAUAACUCCUCACUCUUAUAUUAGCUUUUUAAAAAGCCCAUGAAACUGGGGAAAACCGGCAAAAGCUGAGCUUUGCCUUCUCUGCUCUGAGCACCCCUUGAAGCAGAAUAUGUGUAUAAGUGUCAAUUUCUUUAUAUUUGUAGGUGUUUAUAAGAUUUUUGGUUGUUCAGUCUGGUUCAGCAUGUUUAAGAUGUUGGAAGUGCAUGUGCCAUGUUUGAUGUCAACAUUGGACAUUAUCUUGAUGCCUUUGACUGCCCAAUGAGAUUUGCUUUGCAUGGAUUUACCGUAAAAGAAAUAUUUAAGUUUUGUUCUGUAACAAUAUAGUUUCUGCACUUUGUUGUUGAGAACAGAUAAAGAUUUCUAUUUUCGAUCACAGACUGUACCAAAAUUAUACUUUAAUUAUUUUCAUACACUGACCUCUAUAUUUGUGCAAGAGCUAUUGUAGAAUUGGCAUUUUUCUUCUAUUUAUACACUGACUGCUAAAAAUACAUUGUCAGAGAAGCAAGUCAUUUGAAAUCAAAGAGGCUGAAUCAUUCUCCAGCUGUUUCAUGAUUAAAAUGCUGUGGCAUGGAAACUGGUUGGUUGUCUCAAUUUCUGAUUUAUACAUUUAUUUACAAAUACCAAAACUAAUUUAGAGUUCACAAUUACAGUAACUGUUACAUAUCAUAUAUUAUGGACCAGACACUCAUUCUGAUACAACAAGGAUAUAGACCCCAAUCCAAAGUGGUGUGGUACAUGGUAAAAGAUUCAAGACUCUUAAAAGAUCAAAUGAAUGAAAAUAUAAAUGACUUUAAUAAGAGAGUGAACACAGAAAUGAUUGUACCGUAAGGAAAAGGAGAAGGCUCAGGUUCUCAAGGUACUAGGUUUCAGAGUGCCGUCUAUCUCCUGUCUGUCUAAGGUCACCUGACAAUGAAGAUUACAGUAUUUCAUUCAUAUCAAUGCAAUUUAAUGGCUCUUGGAUGGUACACAGAUUCAGAUGGGUUAUCUAUAAAGGGAUAAGUGUCAAGGGAAACAAUUGUUAAACUCUUAAAGAAGAAACAUUUCUUAACUGUGUAAAAAAAUGAUUCACAAAUGAAGACAUAUAGUCAACUUUGCCUGCAAAUGUUCUCAGAUGUUAAUGAAUGGGGGGAGUGCUCUGUCUGAAUUCCUGAGAAUUUGACUGUCUGCUUAGAGUAGAACUGAGCACUGACCAAAAGAACAAAAUCCUUUCAAUUAGACAAUAGUCAUUAAAAUGUGAACAUCCAAAUCAUCUCUAAUCAUGUCUUUAUGAAGACAGAACAAAUGUCAAUGUGAAUAAAAGAUUACCUGCUGAAAAAACAUCCUGAGUCCUCAAGGUAAUGCUGCUCACCAACUCCUCCAUGAGACAGUCCAACAAAAAGCUAGCUGGAGCCUCAUUCUGUGGGCUCAUUGUGGAAACAAUCUUUACAUAUUCAUACAGUCUCUUUUAAAUCAUUUUAUAUAUCUGUGGGGAGUGUUUGAUGUUGAGUUUAAUAAGGCACCGAGGUGAGGCAACAGUAGCAACAGUGGUGUGUAAAACUCAGUGCAGCUUGAUACGCGUGCAGCCCGCCAGCUGCCAAGCCAAAGCUAGAGCUGGGCCUUAAUCUAUAAUUUAUCAUGGAUUGAGUUUAUUCUCCUCAGGGUGAAUGAUCAGGGGAGAGCAGGAUGGAGAGAGGAGGGAGAGCCUUCCAACCUCAUUUUUGAUACAGGGCCUUGCUCUUCCACAGUCUUUGAUCUGUCUCUCUUUUUCUAUUUUUCUUCUCUCCUGUUUUAUGAUUUAUCUCCCUCACAUACAGGCAACAAUGCCCAUCAGUCCUUUUCAGCCUGACAUACUGUAAUCUGUGUACACAACGACAAACUGAUGCACUAAAUAACUGGGUGAACAACAAAUUUCCCCGGAAGACUCUGUGAUGUUCAAUAAUUUAGAAGACAUACAUACACCUUUUUUGGAUUCUGAGCCAUGUCUCUGAUCUAAACCGUGUGAUAACUUCCCAAAUGAGUUAAAUACACAAAAGGUAUUUAACACUGUGUGUGUAAAUGUCAUCACAGAAAUGAGAUCGCUUAAAACAGCCACUUUCUAACCGUGACGGAAACGUCCUAUAUCCAUUUUAAAAUACAGGGUCGUGCCAAGCAAAGCCUUGCAAAUGUAAUGUGUGAAGCAGACCAUAAAUAUUAAUACAUUCUCUCAAUACUAAUGGUAAUGUACCAGUAAUAACUGUGUUGGCCUCACGACUGAUUAUUUCAUCAUGCAUAUAUCUUUUAAGAUGCAACCCUGAAACAUUUUAAUGAGCUGUAUUUUGAUUUUCUUUUAGAAGGUGGGCUCCAUUGUGACCACUUCAAUAAUCAUUUUUAAUCAGUGAGUAUUAGAAGCCAGAAGUUGUACAAAGUUAGGAAACUUAAGUGUGUAUAAAAAUGGCAAACUUUAAUUGAAUUGUUGAAUAAAAAAGUGCUCUUUAGCAGACAUCUGUAAGAGUAAACUAAUGAGUAACUGCAGAAUUUCUUGCUUUGCACUAUGUGAUGGACAUGCUUCCUAUGCUUUUUUUAUGCAUUUUUGUCUGUUUUGUUAAAAUCAAAUCUGUACUUAGAUCCAAUAGUUUUGAGCUUAUUAUGCCAGAUUAUAAACCAAUGUUAGCAGGGGGCUCUCAGUAUAGCUAUAGUGACUGCAGGAAUUAACAUCAGCACAAUCACUGGGCCCCAGAUGGUGUUUUCGCAGAGCUGGAUUCAACAGACAACGUACAAAAGAAGCGAAGGACACACUGUUGUUAUAAAGUAUGGUGAGUUUUACCCUCAUGAUUUACCACAGACAAGAAGAGAGCUGUUCUUUAACCCCUGAGUCACUUUAAACAAUCCUUUGAACAUUUACAGCUUACCAUUAUUUCAUUCUUUCACUGACUUCAGGUCAUGAGGUAAGUUGUGCAAAACAGAUGCUCAAGUUUAAUUAUCCUGACAGUUAAAUCAAGACAUACUGUUCUGUUCAACCUUGAGAAUAACCACAAAAGUCAGUCAAUGCCAUCAGUAGCAGCAGGGUUAAGGAAGCAUGAUUGAAAGAGCCAUAAGGGGGUCUUUGAAGUGAGAUAUUUUUAACAGAAGAAAUAAUAGAAAACAACCUUGAACAGGAAAACAAAAUUCUAUUAUGAGGAGUGCAGAAAACAAGUGCACAGUGUUGUGUUCAACAUAAGCGCAGUUAUUUUCCCCAUUAAAAAUAGAUAAAUGGAAAAAAAGUAGUUGCUUGAAGAAUGAAUAAAAAACCGUCAUCUCCCAAUUAGAACCACCACUAAAAGCAUCCAUGCAUGAAUACUUUCUUCAGCUCAGACUGAAAACAAAUAAAAAUAACUUAAGUUUUAGCAAUUGUUUUAUGACAAAGCAGAUUCAACAGACAUGACUGUGGAAAUAGCACAUAUCUCCUGCUAUUUACCUUUCCCUCUGUGUACAUCUUCACCCCUGCUCUUUGCCCCUGCUCGCUGCUCAGCUGGUGCCUGUGUGAAUUAAGCACCGAUUUGGAAAGCCCUAGGGAGCUCCUGAAAGCAUUUCCUGAUAUGAAUAAAGAUGAACAUAAGAUGGAAUCAUAAUAUAUGCAGGUACACAAGUUUACUGAUCAAACACAAUCAGAAAAGGAGAGAUAACAUUCAGUUCCCUCUCUCUUCCCCUUUCUCUCUCAGUCAUUGUAGUUGGAUACGCUUGGAGUGGGCUUGGAGUUUUCUAGCUUCACCCUCUAGCCAACUGUCUCGGUAAAGCUCAUGAGAGUUGAAACAUGACUACAAGCAUUUAGACAGGAUAAAAAAAAUAUUUCUGCUCCUGUGUUUGACCUGGACUGACCACAACUCAUUUUAAAUCCCAUGUCAGAAGGCUUAAAGGCAUUCACUUAGUUGUGUAUAAUAGGUCUGUGUUGACUCACAAACAGCUAGAGGCUGUUUUUAACGUCAAGGGUGCUGCAGAGAAACAGGUCUUUAUUAAAGGUGAUCUGCCCUAUUGGUCACAUAAAGAAGCCUAUGGAGAUUGGUGCGUGUUUUCACUUUGCCAUUUAGUGUGCUGCCCGUCUGGCUGUCUGUCACAAUCAAAGCUUCUUCAGUGUUAUGACAUGGAGAUGAAUAAUUGAUUCAUGCAGGCGGUUUGCUGGUUAUGUAAUAGUAGAAUCAGUGAAGCAUCAGAAAGCCCUUUAGUCUGAUACUACACUGCAGCUUGUUGAUAUUUGUUCUGUAGGUACUUGAAGGAUUAUAGAUCACUGGAUAGGAUGAAAGUAAUGCAAACCUACAAAUACAGGGAGGUGACUGACACAGUAGUUUGGUUCUCCUUUUAAGUCGUGCAAAAAAAAAAAAAAUGAUAUCACUACAUCACACUCAUCGAAGGUGCAAAUUCAGGGCACUGAGAUUAUGAGUGUUUUUUAUGCAAACAAGCAACAAGAGCAGAAGCAACCAGAUUUCUCACAGCCAUGCACAUCUGAUUAGAAAUGGAAUUUAAAAACUCUAAUUACAGACCAUUUUAACUCAUAUAAUCAAAGCCAGUAUGUUUUUUAAAUAAGAUAUCCAAAUAUAAGAUUGAUCUAUGACAGAAAUUAAGUCUGGGGAGUAGUCACUGCUUUUCUUACUUGAUUUGGCUUUUAAUUGACUUUUAAAAAAAUUCUCUUCAGCUCUAUAGAAACUUUAACAGGGAGCUUUGUUUUGUUUUUUACUCAGCAGUUUAUUCUUAUAGAAAAUGUCAGCUACAAUAUCAGUUGGCAGUCAAGACAUUCGGAUUUUGAUCCGAGUCAUUAUCAUUCAGCUAACUUACUUUGACCACAAUAUUUUCAGUCAUGCACUCCUCAACACUUUUAUUUAGUUUUGUCUCCCCCAUGUGGCAAAUACAAGCUCCUUAUGUGUCAAGGAGAAAGUGAACAGCAAUGUCUUUAAAGGAGAAUACAGCAACAAGGCUGAAUGAGAAACUUUUUAAAAAGCCAUAUGUGUAAAAAAGAAAAAAAAAAGUUAUGUAUAACCCUUAAAAUACUUGGACUGCACUACUGACAGCAGAUAAAAUAGACGAUAAAAGAUUUAUGAUGGAUCAGAGAGACAGAGAGAGGGAGAGAGAAAGAGAGAGGAAGAGAGGUGGGGGGAGGAGCAUGUGCUCUUGACCAGUGCCAUGGAUUUGACCAGAGACUUUCAUUUAAAAAAAGAGGCAAGGGGUUGUACUCUGGGAUCCCCCUGUUCCGCUGACGGCUGGGAACGCCCCCCCAUGACAGGCCAACUGGAUUCCUUCAAUGAAACAGCCCUUUGAUUGUUGGCAGGAGCUCCUCUGGUUUGGCUGAAUGGCUGUCAGCUCUGUCAGGGUGAUGGACGGGCUGGUGUUUCACCCCUGAUAGAAAACAAGCCCCUCCAGCGGGCAGCUAACUUUCAGAGAGCAGGACCCCUGCCACUCAACUUCUAACCCCCUCCCCGAAACAGACGGAAAUAACCAGAGCUGGAAGUGGGAGAGUCUAAGUUAGCCAAUAUAUGACACAAAGCAAGAGAAAGACCAGAGUUACGCCAAGGAGGCUGACUCUCUUUCAGACAUUGCCUCAGAAAUCUUGCGAGCAUCUUUGGAUGUCAUCAUAAAACCUCGACCCUGGACAAGAAUCAAUGUUAUAAAAGCUCAAGCUACAAAGGAGACUGAACAGGUUCCAUUUAUAUAUCUGAGUUACUCGAGGCAACUUAUGAAAGACGAUCACUUCAUUAUUCAACAAGGCCAGGGAGACUUUUUUUGUUUGCCUCUCUUCCAAGUGUAUUGACUCUAAAACUGGAUUUAUUCAUGAUUUUCAAGUUUUUUUCUCUCUAAAAACUUAUUCAAAGUUACAUAGGUAAAAGUUUUGUUUUACCAAGGUUGUUUAUCUGUCAAAACCUCAUCUGUUUUUUUAGUGUUAAGCUUGAAUUGCAGCACCUAAACGCUCCAUUUCCAGUUUGUAUCCCAUGUCCAGCCCUACAUGAGUGCUUAAAGCUCCUCAGAUUCUGAAUCAUCCUUCAAAAAACAUUGAAAUCACUGUAAACAUAAACACUCAGUUCAAAUACCAACACAGUCAGACAGCAAUUCGUCUUUUUUCUCUGUGUUCAUCCCUACCAAAAUCACACACACACUCACACACUGAGCUUAAUUGUUUAUACUGACAUAAACGUAGCCCCCAGCUCAACAGCAUGAAUCACUCGUCAGUGCGGCGGGCCCUCACUCUAAGGUGGUCUUUUGCAUCUGUGGAGAAAAAGCAUGUUUGAGUUUUUGUGGGCAUCCAGCCAGCUCUGACAUUAAACCAUGUGAACAAAAACAAGAAACCUCUGCCAGCACAAGCUUCAGUCACCUUUCAUCCUCUGGACUUUUGUACUAUUAAUUAGAUUUAUUUAACAGUUAUAUUAUUCAGUUAUUUACCUCUGUAUUUCCCUUUUUAUUUAAAUGUAGAAGCUUAAAUUUAAAAAAGAAGCAAAGUGAGCGAUUAUACCUCUCAUAAUCACACAUAAGUUUGUGGGAUGUUGAGAUCACAUGAUGGCCUUCCACUUCCAUAGUUGUUUUCUUUUUGACCAGAGAUGACAGUCUCAAAAUAGAGUUAAAAAUUUUUUAUUUUUGAUUCUUUUUAAAGUGCUUAUCAGUAGUGAGUGUAUGAAGAGCAGGAGGUAACAGCCAUCACAGUCUCUGUCCCUGUUUGGAUAAGGCAGCUUGAGUUCCCACAUGGAAACUAAGUUUUCUAGUGCUGUGAACUGGGGUCAGCUGAAACACAAACUUAAGUCACUCAAAAUAGUCCCACAUGUAAGAAAACUUCAAAGUUUUAAAUGUGCACUUAAUUUCUGUGUAUUUUUUACUGCUUAAUCUUGAGUCAGCACUUGUGUUGCACAACAAGACAAUGUUCAUCCAUAUGUUGUGGAAUAAACCUUACAUACCUCCAUCUGUGUACCAUUUGUUAACUUCCUAGUGGUUUGAGGGUAAUUUCAUGUCAGUGUGCUGGAGAAUCAGGUUUGGCCUUGGCUUGUCUUUUUCCUUUUUUUUUUUUUUUUGUCACAGUGUGGGCAGCUGAGGUGCUGUUCUCAUCAGUGUGUCACUAUGAUCAUGUUGAACACUUUCAAGGUCUUGUAACAACAGUUUUCACCCUUGAAGUCUAUGAAAAUAAUCACCUGUUUUGUUGGACCUUUGCAGAAGGCAUUCAUCUUAUUUUUAUGAUUGGAGCAUGUCUUACAAACAGUUGAUAUUGUUUUUUUUUUUUUUUUUCAAUCAAUCCUAAUAAAGUAAAGAAAAGGAAAUGCAUGUUUACUUAUUUAAAGAAAUUACAAGUGAUUCUGUUUUCUCAAUAAAGUUUAAAAAUGGAUUCCAAAUUUUGCGGACAUGCACAUAUGAGCUUACACCAACCAGGAAUUAAAGGCAUUAAUAUAAUAUAAUUGUUUACCAGUCACUAAAAAUCAUUUUCUCAUCUCCUGUUCAAUGCGAUUUAUGGAAAAAAGGGAGUUAGUUGUAGAAAUGAGACAACAAAGUGUUGGGACAAGAUUCUUGACUCUAAAAUAUCUGAUCUUAUAAGCUUUAUAAGCUGAACAAAACUGGAACCCUUUACUCCAUCUGCACUAAACACUAUUCCUGGGAUAUUUGAUAGAAUGACAUUAUUCAGAAUGUACAAAUAUCCAAGAGUACAAAUAUUCAGGAGUGCACAAUAGCUUUAAAAUAUGAGUUUUCACGUGUGUCUGUGGUUCUUCUUUUUCUACACAAAGCCUGUGUGUGCAACAUGUCCCAAAAUGAAUCUAACAAGCAGGUUUCUCAUCACUAAAUUGGCACCAGUUAAUUUGAGGGUAACAGACAGCUAUCUUAGCUUCAUCCGGCUGAAUCAAAAUGAGGACAGAAAUCAUACUGAGAACUCAAUUCAACAGGUUAACAACACAGUUUCAUUGUAGAAGAGGCACAGACUGAGGCCAGUCAUUUAUGUAUAUUCUUAAAUUGUGCUAACCUGAGUUUGUACUGAAAUGGCUUUCACAAAAGAAAGCGUCUAAGAUACAAGUGCCCCUGAACUUUGAGUGUCUCUAUCCUGGUUAGGUUCAGUUUUUGAGAAGAAGCUAUCUAAUACAGAUGAUGAAACUAGUCUGCAACAAGUCUUCAAGUCUUCAACAAAUGACAAAGUUUUAACUGAAGGAAGACUUGCCCCUCUCUAAAUCUGUUUCAGCUCCUUCACAUUUUGACCACUGACCCAGCACCCCCUCAAUGAAAGGAGGGGGGUCUGGAGGUCUGAGAAACUGAAGACCUCAUGGCUGCAAACCACUCAGCCAUCACAGGCACUUGAAGUCUUUUUUAAAUGCUGCAGCAUUGUUUACAGUUGACUCUGCACGAACAAAAGCUGGAGCCCUGGUGUCUCCUCACUAACAGGAGCCAUCUUCACAGAGGAGGGGAAACAUGAGCCGGCCUGUGCUUGCCACUUCAUUUCCUGGCUGUUAAGAGCCUGUUUCCUGUGCAUCAGCUAAAACAUGGCAUUUUGCUGAAGGGACUCUGCCAGCCAACCCCCACCUCCCAUAGUCCCCCUUUUUCUACUUUUGACUCCCAGCUGCAAACCAUUACUUUUCAAAACACAUAGGGUAACAUUUUCCAGAUUAGCCUGUAACAAGACUUUAAUUGAAAAUGACAUUUUUGAAGAUGAACUAUGUAAAUCAGCUUCAUGUUUUGUCAGAUCCAGGCAGCGGUUCAAACUGAGGGAGGCAGAUUUUUUAGCACCCUUGGCUCAUAUGUUGAAAGUGAGCUAUCUAUGAAAAAUUCACAUCAAGAAACAUUUUUUUUUUGACAAAAGAGUAGUCACCCAGAUGGUGAAGAAAUUAUUCAUUGGAUUAGUUUGACUGAAACUGAACUUUUAAAAUUCAUGUAAAUAUGUUUGUCUGACUGAAAUCAAAUUAAGCUCAAUUUCUCAAAGUCAGAAAAGCAUACUUAGAUAACUGGAAUUGAUUUUCCCUUGUGUGUAGUCACCUUGAUUGGAUUCAAACAGUAAAGAAAAAAGAAGGGGAAAAAAAAAGCAAAACUGCCACACUCAUGCAUACAAAAAAUAAUAAGCUUUAAAGUUGUCUGUGUAGUCAUCAUUUGAUAAAUAACCAAUUAGUUGCUAUGGUUUUUUUCUUAAUCGUGCACCAAAGUUGAUGCUAUACAAUAUAUCAAUUGCAAACAUUAAAAUACACAUGGACAACACUUGACAGAGAACAGUGUUAAACCAUAGGAUAAAUAAGACAAAUACAACUCAAAAAUGAAAAAAGAACACUCUUAAAUUCAUUAAAAAAUAUUGUAUUGAUUGCAUACAGUUGCUGUAUAAUUUGCUUUUUUAUUUUGAGAUGAAGACAUUUUGACAUGAAUGAGUUCUAUUUACUUCACAACCAUUAUAAAUGGAUACAUGAAUUUUUGGUUGUUCAUUUUUUAAUACAAAACACACAAUACAGGUAACAAUGAUAGCACAGGGCAUGGUGGUGGGAAAAAAAAAUGUUUGCAAAUGUAGAACCUGGUAAGAAAAAUGUAUAAACACGUUUGUCACUGUCACUGCAACCAAGUGUAAUAAUUCUGCAAUCAAAGGUGGCAUGAGAGAGAAUAUUGUUGCAGAUACAACAAUCGUUAAAAUUACUCAACCAGUAUUAUACCAUUUAUCAAAACACAAUGAUUUGUUCUUGGAUGAUAUGUUACAGUUGUUCCAGGUAUAACAUAUUCAUGGAAGAUAUGUAAGAGAAAGGUGUUUUUCUGGAAAACUGAUAAAGUUAUGAGGAUUUUCUUUUUUUCUUUGGCAUUUUUGCAUUUUUGGACACAGCUGAAGUUUGUUAAGUUUGUUAAAAAAAAGUUUAAAAGAGUCAUUUAAUCAAGACUAGUCAGGUUCACUUCUGCAGAGCUGCCAAAUCACUGCAUAAAAAGGCAUGUUCAAGAGCAGAAAAGGGGUCUGACACAGCCACAAGAUCCCAGAAGAAGAAGAAAAGAACAAAAGACGAAGCUGUAAAUACAAAAGGUAUAGAGCCACCAACUCUGAAUUCAAAUUGUGAGGCUGAGGCAGUAAAGUCCCCCGAAGGUGAUUGCUACUGUGCUUAUAGCGUCAGUGUAGCACAAACACUGAGACAAGAGGGAAACGUGUAGCUAUGUUUGUGCAGCAUCUGCUUAUCAGUGCUUCUUAAGCUCACUAAUUAACAUGUUCAUUGUCCUCACUGUCAGGUUGCCUAGUAAAUAAUCCUGCACAUAAACCUCAGUAAACCACAACUUCACAGUGGUUUUAAUACAUGUUGUACAUGCACUAAUUAGAAAGCUUUUAAGAUGCUUGAAGUUGGACUUUGAAAACUUUAGACAGAGUCAGGAUUCUUUGAGAGUUUUUAUUUUAAGCCAAACAACUGUAUGUUUGCAGAUUUCUUUUUACUGUACAGGGGUAAGUGUGUGUCUUCUUGCCUUAUCAAAAAUUGCCAUCCUUAUUCUGAAUACAUGUAAUCAGAAGAAAAUAUAUGAAGCCAUGUAGUGUCGACAAGGAUACAUGAACUGGAAAUACACUCGGCUACACCGUUGCUCCAGCUCGGAACUUUCUCUUCAUUUGUGUUUCUGGUGUGCCUUACCAAACCGGAAGACUACUUUUUCAUCAUUUUUAAUGAACUAUGACUUACCAUGGUGCGUGUCCAUCAUCUAAACUUCAGUACAGUGUUUCCCGUGUCUUUGUUCAGAUUUUGCAGGGUAAUUACUGGCAGGGCUUGUACAGAGCGGUUAUUUUCCAGAUGGCAGGCAGACAAGAGCUGUUUAGUCCCACCAUGUGCUCACACUGGAGCUUACACAGUGAGCACUUAGCCCACAGAUGGCACGGAGCGACUACAGGCCUGGCUGGGCUGAAAUGGGUCAUGGUUAAAGUACUUUUGGCUGAUGAAAAAAGCUUCAGGUUCCCAUGAGCCGAAAGUAAUGUUUAAAAACCUUGCAGCACUGUGCCUUCCAGACACAGGGUUUGGUUGCAGAUGGGCUAGUUUCCUGCAGACAGAGGGGGAAAUGUGGGUCUGAAGGGGCUGAAUUGUGAUUGGAUGAAGCUGAUCUAGAGUUCAAAGAAUACAGCUGUGAGAAAAGGAAAGGGUGAAAGGUCAACAGACUGGAUUCAAUGGUUUGUUGAGCUGAACCCUAUGAAAGUCGACAAUCAGCAGCUGCAGAAUGACAGGGAGAUUUUCCAUGCAAAGGUCCUCUCACCACUCAAGAAUGAGACACUAUACAGCUGUCUACAUGUUGAGCAGUGCUCUAAAUGUCUGGUCAUAAUGUUGUGAGAAAUAUGGAGGAAUUAUCACUCGUAUGUCAUUCUGCAUUGAGAUCUGUAUUUGUUUAAGUUUGACAGUAACAUCUGGGAGAAUCACCAUAAAUGUCUCAUAGAAAACCAUGACAAAUCUGCCACUUUAACCCACACCUGCCUCAUGGGAAUAUUCACUUUAAAGGAUAAAUACAAAGACUUUCAACAAAAAGAUGUCAAAGUUGUUUGGAAGUGUUUAUGCCUCUAAAUAUCAAACUGCAGUGGUUUAAGCCAAGGAGUAAAAAUCUAGAUACUGGGCUGGUUUUAGACACAAUUCUAGUAAAUCUAAAAAUGCACUGAUAAAGCUGAGAUGACACUCUCAGUAAUGCUGUUUUUGUUUUUUAAAACCUAAUGCUGCAUCUUCCAAGUCUAUCUUUUGAUGCUUUUGGACCAUGAAGUGCUUUCGAAAGGCCAUCAUACUGAGUGGGAUUAUCAGGUGCAGAAUUUAGUAAAUUCAAAUCAAAUCUCAGAGUUACAAAAAGCAUCUUGUGGCCAUUAGAGACCAUAGAUUUAAAUGACCCUCCAUGGCACUGGUGAGUUCCCCUGGAUUUGAUUCUUGGGCAGCUUGAGUCUGGAUCAACAACGAUAUAGACUUGUGUCCUUGAAUGGUAAAGACUCUUUUGAGGCCAUGUAAACUAACAUGAGGAUUCAAAUGAAGCCUGGACUUCCCCCAUCAUCCACCUCAUUCUCCUUUCUGAGUAAAAACACGCCAAAGGAGCGUCACUUGUUUGAGUUCACUUGACGAUGAUGGACAGCUGUGAAAGGGAACACUUCAUACUGGGACAGACUGAGAUGAAAGGACCUGUGUGACAAAGGCAGGCAACAAGAAAGACAAAAAUCUCAGCAGUCAUUUCUUUGUGAGUAACCAGCUGAAGGCAACCCACCAGAAGUCUGUGUGUUUGUGAUAUUUUCUUAUGACGAUGACUAAAUAUGUUCAUCUAUUCAGGGAGGGACGGUCAUAAAACAUGUAAAACAUGAAUCAGUUUGAAUAAUGUAAAGCAAAGUAAAACAACAUCUGUUCAGAGAGGAUAGCUUUAGCUAUGACAGUUAAUAACAGAUAUGCUCGGAGCAAGACUUUCGUCAAACUGGGCAAAUUUUGAACAAAACUGACCAGAAGAAGGCCCUGUGACUAUUAAAGAAAUUAUGUGUGUAGUUUGUUCUAUGGAAAGAAAAAAAAAGAAAGAAAGAAAAGUUUCAUCAAAACUUUAACAUUUUUUAUUAUAGAUUUCAGGAAACUUUCUUAAAACUUUCAGAAAUUUUCAUCUUGAAUAUUAAUAUGUUUUUGAAUUUUCAAUUUGCAUUUUCACAGAUUUAGGGACAUCUUUAGCUCUUACUUCAGAUUCAUCUGCUUUCUGAAGAAUUUUUCGCUAUUUUGUUCCCACCUGCCCCCCCUAGGGAGAACCCCUUAAGAAACUUGUUGCCAGUAUCUGUCUUCAGAAGCUUUCAUAAACUAUGGAAACAAUUUUUGAAGACUGCUGAGAACUUCAGGAGAGUCUCCGAAUGAAUAAGUUUCAUCCACCAUUAAACUCAGGAGAAUAAAAAAAAAAGCAAGAAAAAAUGUUUGACGAAUGAAGAGAUGAGGCAAAGGCAGGAACAAAAGAAGAGGCAAAUGUUCUGUUUAGCUCAAAGGUAAUCCUCUCCCCUCCAUUCACUCUAAACCACAGUGGCCCCUGGAGGGUUGGGAGUUGCUUGUCACUGGUGCCUUUUAAGUCGUCAGUCAUUUUGAUACAGGAUCUGAAAAUUGACUCUAGCCAGUCCUUAGCCAUAAGGCACCUUAAACUAUAAUUCAUAUUCUUUCUCAUACAUGAAGCUAUCAUCUAAUGUCAGCUUUGUCUGUAACUUUUACUCAGCGUACUUGGUUGUAAGUUUGCAAUCACACUUAAAAUCCAAUAAGACCAACAGCAAUACAAAAUCAAAUGUUCUGCUGCCACGCACCGAGAGAUUCUACAAACACACUCUUGGAUAGAAAGAUGCUGAAUUUUUUAAGCAACAAACCCAAAUCAAGUACCCCAACUAUUGUUUCCAAAUGUCUAAAAAUUUAGAUGAGUUUUUGAAUUUUAUGGACCCCCAGCUCAUUCAACCACAACAAUAAAAUUUAACAACUUGUCUAAAUCACUAGCUACAUUUUAGGGGAUACUUCAAAUAAAUUUGCUGAUAUACAAACUGAAUUUUUUGUUUUCCACAUAAGGAUGUAGUUUAACACAAUUUUAUAAGUUAAGAUGUUUAGAUAUUUACUUUAUUAAAAAUUGGUGAGAAACUUAAGUGGAACCAACACUCAAAUGACACAUUCCUGCUGUAUUCACCCUCAGUACCUCUGCAGACUCAAAGCAUUGUUCUAAAUACCCCCCUCAAGUCCUCCCAUUCACUGAAAAGUAUAGAAUAACAAAAGUGACGGUAUCUGGGGGCACUUAAAGUGUUCCGAAACAGGAGGCAGAUUUCAAACACAUCCAAGUGGUCUGUAUUUUUCACUCUGCAUCGGCUGCAUUCAGACCAAGGACAUAAACUACACUGAUUCAGUGUAUUUGAGUCUGAAUGUGAUAUGGAGCUGAUGACGGUGCUGAGGGCCUCUGCAGUGGUGGCCAGCAUGGUAACAAUAAAGCAUCUCAGCUCUUGCACAGCUGCCUGUGUGUGCACAUGCAUUACAUAUGGGAAUGAUUCUUGAGAAAACAUUUGGUAAAAACUCAAUCAAUCAAUCAAUAGGUCAGUAAUGAGCUGAUGUAAAUCUUUCCCUCCUUAAGCCAGCCAUCAAUAUUACAGUCUGGCUGAACACUGUUCAUUGUACAACCAGAUUAACGCCUAGUAAGAAUAACAGGGCCGGUGUGAAUGUCCUCACCCUGGCUGUAACCUGAGAGCCUCAAGGUGAAGCUGAGAGAACGCCAGGGGCCCCGUGUGUGAAAAGAGUCCAGUCAGGCUUGAACUGAGUCAUACAGACCACUACUCACUCCAUCCACAGCCGCUCACAGCAGGAUCCAGCCAUCUGGAUUCAGUUCUGUGCUGACAGGGUGGCUCCCAGGGUCCAUCUGUGUGAGGACUACAGUCACAGUGGGCCCCAGGAAUGUGCCUGUGAGGAGGGAGCUGAGCAGAUUUAAGGGAUUUAAGGGACCACAAUGCAAUAUAUCUCUUCAUCCUGUACACUUGAGCGUGUCUUUUCAUCAACAUCUGUAUUUCAUUGCUAGUGCCCUGGUUGAUCCUUGGGUUCAGAUGGUUUUCAGUAGAAAAAAGGAUUCAAAUCACAUAUUAUUGCCUGCUGUUGAAUCAUUUAGACUCCAAACACAUGUUAGAUAUGGAACAUGUUGUACUUUACAUCCAAAAAAUGUCUCAAGUUUCUUUUAACUCUGACUCAUGCAGGUUCUCCUUUGGGGUUUUUACGGUACCAUCAUUGUUGAAAACAAAUACCGACAUUGUUUGUGCAUUAUUUAUGGAUGUAGUAAUGGGAUGUCUUGGUUGCUUUGUGGCGAGACCUUUAACCUGUUUCUGCAACAUAAUCAGUUAUGUUCCUGGGACUUUUAUUUAUUACCUUAAGUAAUCAUUUUAAAAUACGCUCUGUAUCACAUUAUCAAAAUAAUACAAAACAAAGCCUUCAAAUGAAGCUGUGCUUGUUAGAAAUAUUGUUCUGUUUCUGUUUUCGUGCUGAAAUCAUCAACAAACCGUCAAGGGUUUGGUCAGCAUAACCCUGAAGUGAUCCACACUGUAGCACAGCAGUAAAUCCACUCAGGAACUCGCAGAAUGCAUUACUGCCAUUCCUGUGCCUGCAGCUACAGCUCAACCCUACAAGCUGUUCGGUUACUAUGGCAACACGUACUAACCCCCCAGAAGAGCUGACAGGGAAGAGGUCAAAGGGCAACAGCAGGUCAUACAGCUGAUAACCAGCACAUGACUUGUUUUGAAACCUGGGUCUGCUAGAGGGGAAAACAAAACAUGACCCACUUCAGAAAAGAAAAAUAUUAUUUUAUUCAUUUAUGUAAAACACAGUUAACCUGAGAGGCCAGAUAGAUUUUAAUUAUGUUCUCCACAGUGUCCUGACCAAAAUCUGCAGAAGUACAUUUCAACAAAGAUACAGACAUAUGAGAUAUGGCAAUUAAAAUAUAUGUCAACAUAUCCAAGGUCACAAUACCUGAAGAGUGGAUACCUUAAAGCCAAAUCCCCCUUCAGAAGAUCCAAAGUCCCAGUAGCAGCAUAUCUAGCAUAUCUGUUCCCCCCAUUUCAAGACACAUUCUGGGAACAUAGAGCAAAAAUAAGUCUUAAUAAUGGGUCAUAGACUAAAGACUGCAGCUCUCAGCAUUUUUCAAAUUAGUAAAUAAGAGAAAAGCAAGUUAAAACUGCUACAUAAAUAAGGACAAACCAAAGAUUUAUAGUCUAUGCUGAGAAAAAGCAUAUAGGGAGCAGGGAUGAGUUACAGCUUUAAGAUUUGUUAUGAAGCUCAAAGCUCCAUGGUAUGCAGUAUCCAGAGAGUGCAGGCAGUGAAAAGAUCCAUGCAUACAUAAAAUAUCACUGUGGUCAACUGGAGGAACAUAUAGACAAAAAUCCAUGAUUUCAUAUAAAAGAUUAUGCCAGCCACAGGAAUUUACACAAGCUAACUACCCCACAUGGCAUCUGUUAAUGGAGUUAGAGUGGUCUGUAAUGUACAGGUAAAUACUGCAUCAACCAUAAACAAUAACAAUUAAAGAAUACUUUACUAUGAAACUAUAUUAACUAAUAUAUCUCUCUGUUUAUGGCUGAGAUUUUUUUAUGUUAAGUCUUACAAGCAACAAGAAAAAAAAAAUCCCUGUUAGCCGAAACACUUCAGAAACUCUUCACAUUGAGAAGGCAAAACCAGCGAAUGUUCUCCAAUUACUUUGUGUGGAAGGAGAUGCCCAUUUGUAGCCAACAACUUCAAACACAAUCAAUACUUUAUCACACGGGCAAGCAGCUUACCUCUGGGGUUUUAUCAACAGAGAACCUGCGUUACCAUACAGGCAGUCAUUCUCCUACAUGUUUAGUUCACCUGUGCUGAGGCUUGGAUGGAGUAUACAUGCACAUUGAUUUUGCUCCCUAUAUAAGACUUGUAUCUCGUCCCCGCUGCAGCUGUAAUCAAUAAGUUUCUUCUGCUGGAGACAAUACACAUCACAUUCAUCUUCCAUGCAAAGGACAGACACCUUUUUCUCUGGAGCCACUUUCAAUCACUUCCCUGGGGCCGUCCUUGUUUUUUUUACAUAGUUAUUAAACUAAAGUUGUACUUUUCAGGACAGUGGAAUACAGCUAUGUACUGCAUUAACUACAUGGAAAUAUCUAGUUCUGUUAUAUUCCUAUGGAUUUCUUUUCAGUGCAUGCAUAAAUGAACUUCAUGGACAAAUGUUACAUAAUCCUGCCUUAGGGAUGAAGUGGUAUCAGAAACAACAGUGCAUCAGAGGCAGCUCCACUGUGAAUCCACCUCCUAGUAAAGCCUUUUGUUCUGCUGUCUUUUGCUUUGAGCUUUCUAGCAUAAAUCCAUUCUCAUUAGUCAACCAGGUUCAGGAGGAGUGAGCUGUUGGCCCUCUGAGCCUGGCGCUCGACUAAAAGCAGGCAGCGUCCUCCAGUGGUGGGUAUCAAAAAGGUGAGGAAGAACUGUCAUAAAAAAGAGAGGUGUUGGUCAAGUAGGACGGCCUAUUAGAAGUUGUCUUUAGCCAAUCAGAAGCUUUGAAGCUUUCCUAUUGGCUAGAGAGAAGCUGUCAAUCAACCCUCCAGAGAGUUUUCCCUGUGAAUUCAUCAGAGUGAUGUUGAGGGUCUUGGAGGGAAGAUCUCCUCCGUACAAACCCUUUCUGUGUACAGAAGUAAGACCAUGAAAAAAACACCCUCAAAAUACAUAAAAAGUAAAUAUACGUAAAUAUGAAAAAAAAAGCAGUAAAUGCAUUUAUACAAAAUUACAUCUAUUUAUUAAUUGCAUUGUAUUGUAACAAGCUGAAGCAAUGUUUAAUUAUUGUAAAGUGUUGGAAAAAUUCAUCUCAAGAAUAUUGUUUAUUUUAGGGUUUUCACUAUUUUUGUUUGGAGAAAAACACCCAACUAUGUAGUACUCAGAGUAAGUGGUAAAACAGUAAAAAUAAUAAUACAUGAAUAAUGUCUGGGAGAUUUUGUAACAGAAGUCUUAGAGUAAAAUGGAAGUAACAUGAAGUUCUUCUCUAAAUAUAAACAGUGUCAACCAAUAUUAUAUUAUAUUAUAUUAUAUUAUUUUAUAUUAUAUUACAUUAUAUUAUGUUAUGUUAUGUUAUGUUAUGUUAUGUUAUGUUAUGUUAUGUUAUGGUUAAUUUGUCUUGCAUGAAGCCUCACAAUAGAUAUUGGGCUUUGUAUCUGCUGAAUGACAAUGAUAAAAGCUCCUUUUUUUGUAUCCACAGUAUAUCAUGCCAAAUGUGCACAGUCCCCUGUCGUACCCAUCUGACACCCAUGGGUGGCAGGACUGUUCCGGACCACUGGACAGGAGGGGGGUGGAGCACGGACUAGCGGACUCCUCUCCGAUUGGUUGGCGGCGUGCGCGUCCCCGUCGUCUCCUCCCGGUUUUCCUGGCAUGACCUUUUCCCUUGGCAACCACUUCCUCCGAGCAUCCACGGCCAUCUUUAAUUUUAACUCAUUCAUGAAAAGUUGUUUGGUGCAUGUAAACACGCGGUGCGACACAAUUUGCAGCUCAAAGCAGCCUCGUUGUUCGCUGUGUGCAUGUAAUUUUUCCUGCGACGAGCUCCACACAGAGCCGUGCCGAACUGAGCCGAGCCAAGCAGCUGUCCACCGAGACUAAGUAAACACCGAGAGCGUACGUGCAUAUUGUUUAUUGUCGCGUCUUGUGCAUCACUCAGGCACGUCUCCUCUUAUGUUUUCAGGAUAAUGGUAGCAACUCUUCUUGUAGCUACACUGACAAAACCUACACACGUGUGUGAGUACUAACGUGUUGCGUUUUGAGCUGCAAGAGUAACAUAUUGUGCUCCCGAAAUAAACAGCAGGUGGAGUGCUACAUUAAGUGCACGGAGCUUUGUCUGAAGGGCACAGCAUACCCCUCACCACUGCCAUGUUGUUUUGCAAAUAUCCCAAUCUUUAUUACUGUGAUCACUGCGGAGAGUUUUAACAAAAGUCAAACAAUUUAAGUUUGAAUUUGUUCAUUGUAACACUUGUUUGCUUGUUUUCAUUCAUUUGCAUUUGACUCAUGGCAGGAUGAGAAAGAAGCAGACUGCCAAACAGAGGAAGACUGAGGAGACUACAGUAGUCCAGGAGUUUGUGGUUGAAAAGAUCAUUCGCCGCAGAAUAUUUAAUGGAAGAGUUGAAUACUUUCUGAAGUGGAAAGGUUUCACAGAGUGAGUACAUCAGAAUCAGCUUUUCACUCGUUUUUUAGUUUUGCAUAAAUUUUAAGCAUGUACUUCCUCCUUUUGACAUGGUUACAGUGCAGAAAACACGUGGGAACCUGAGGAUAAUCUGGACUGUCCUGAGCUCAUCGAACAUUUCCUGAGAAACACCCACUUCUCUUUAGAGAAUGAGGAAGAUCAAGCUGAACAAGAGUUCAUUCCCAAAGAAGAAAUGACAGAGCAAGAGACAGAAAUUGUGAGUAUGGAGCAGACGGUGGAAUCAGGGUACAAUUUUGACUUGUUUCCAUGCUAUUGAAAGAACUUCCUCAUCUUACUACGUUGUUUUUCAUAAUGCAGUGCUUUUUUUGGACGUAUACACAGGUUUUUUUCCUUAAUGGAAACAAAGGUAGCAACUGAAUUGAGUAAAAAUAAUCUGACCAUGUAUGUAGACUUUUCCUCUGAGUUGUUGUGUUUAAUCUUUAAGUACCCAAUAGAAAACUGAAACUAGUGUUUGACAGUGGUUAAUUUCACAAUGCCCCUAAAAGUGAAAGUAGAUUGAAUUCCACUAUUUCGCAAUCUUGUUAAAAAAACAAAACAAAACAAAAAACAAUCAGGACAGUUUUCAAGUUCACAUUUUAUUUGUGUUUUCUUCUUUUGCUGCACUUCACUCUUGUCCUUGUCUCCGUCCUCCUAGUCCUGUCUGCAGUCUCAGCAGCAGACUCACAUGGUGCAGAACAACAGCGACGCCCUUGAGCCGAACGAUGAGCAGUCAGACUCCCCCACUAACCUCAGCACUUACCUCGAGCCUGAAUGCAUCAUCGGCUCAACAGACAGACAGGGAGAGCUCAUGUUCCUUGUCAAAUGGUAACUCUGUUGCUUCCUCUCUUUCGUAGUGCUUAAGAAAUUUCACACCAUUUGUUGCAUAAUUAAACAUCUCACAGUUGUUAACAUCUAAAGCUGCAGUCUACAAAGAACGAGUCUAAUGUCAUGUUUCAUAAUGUUGGGUAUAUCAUUAACCAUGAAGUAAGUGGGUUGGUACGUUGGACAUCAGUUUCCUCUAUUGGCUGACAAAACAGUCAUAAUACAAGUGUUCAGGGCCUCUUUGACCGCAGUUUUCGUGCUAUGCAGUCUUAAAGGGGAACCAGCAUGACAAAAAGUCCUUUUGAGUCACAGGAAGUGCCACCAAGACUGUGAGAAGAGUUGAAUUUGGUAAACUGGGGCUCUGAAAAUGACCUAGGUUAACCUCUGUGUCUGUGAUAUUGUAGAAAGCUUAUUUUUUAAAACAAACAGGAUAAGUGGAAGUAUGAGGGGUUAUUACAUGCAUGGGCAUUCUUAAAAAGCAGGAAAACAUUUUGGGGGGGUUUUGGCUGGUCUAGACGGUACAGUUCAGGUGACAAAUAGUAUGCUCAUACAGCAAACAUUAUACCUGGCUUAACUUUAAAACCUUUAUCUAGUAGGCUGCUGUAUCUGCCAAUCAAAUAAGCAUAUAUUGCUGGUUCGAGUACAUUUGACUGUUCACAGUAUUUAUGCUGCCUCUAAAUGGUCACAAUAAAAGAUAAAAAAAUAAUUGAAACAAGUUUCAGGGCCACAUGGGUCCUUGUACCUUUUUGGGGUAUGUAGUCUAAUUACUCCUCAAUCUAAGGGAAUUUGUUGAUUGAUUUAAACUUGACUGAUCGCUAACAUCUUAUCCACACCAAAACAGCCCCAUGCAUUUGUCUAACUGCUGUAGGUUUGAAUUCUAAACGAUACUUUAGGGCCUGUGUCCACUGUUAGCUGUUUUGCUCUGCUACUGCCCAGCACCUCAGUUUCAGAGCGCUCCUCAUCAGCUCCUUCUGUCGUAGGGUUAGAUUUAAGUAUUUCACAGGAGCCUCUCUUCCCUUGUUUGUGACUGCUUUUGUGUAAAGUCAACUUUUGAAGAGAAUUAAAAAAAAACAAAGAAAGGAUUAUGUCCUGGCAGACAGUAUAGAAAGUACCAAACAAACCCAAAAAACUCCCAUUAUGAAGCACAUGAUAAAGACGGUACAGUGGAAAAGAUUUUUUUUUUUAAUGACAAUUCAGUCCAAUAAUCAGUCCUUAAUACCAGGAAGAAAAGAAGCAAUAUUUAAAAUAUGGGAAUCUAAAGGGCUCAAAAUGAUCCAAGACCUGCAUUUGCCAGACUAAAAUACAUGAAUGUCUUUUUUUUUGUAUUCUUUUUUUUUUAUCUUUGAUACCACCUAAGGUCAGAUAACUGCUUUUCACUUGAUCAGCCAUGAUAUUAAGGCCACAUUUGCAGAAUACUGCUGUCAACACAGCAGCUCUACCAUAAGUUGUACUUUUAGGAGUUGCCUCAUUUUUCAAUUCUUGUUGACACUGUCAGAAAAGUGUAAGCGUUUAUUUUUAUUAAUGAAUUCAUAGUGGGUGGGGUUGGUGUACUGCAGUGCAUUUAUCAAAAUGUAUUCAUCAUGUUUCAUUCCUCUCCUCUCUGUGGUAAAAGAAUGGACAGAGUAUUAGAGACACUUUUAGAUAAAAUACAUUUUAUCACCCAGUGUGACUUUAAAAAAAACUAUGCAAAACUUUAAUAACUCAUCCAAAGACUGUACCGUAAAAACAGUGAUAAAACAUUGGUGCUUUUCCUCUAAUAGAAAACCUUUCUGAACUGCCAGGAGCUUUUCUGCUGCUCAACGCUUAAUCUACACAAGAAGCAGGAUGCAGCCAUUGUGAUGGUUUCAUUUCUCCCUUUUGCCCCUCUUCUCCACCAGGAAAAACUCUGAUGAUGUGGCCUUGCUGCCGGCUCGUGAAGCCAGCGCAAGGUGCCCCCAGGUGGUCAUCGACUUCUACGAGCGGCAGUUGACGUGGCACUGUGGGGACGAGGAGCUGUGA